UUAACACCGCCAUAGCCCACAGUAGAAGAAGCACAUAUAGCAAAGUGGAUAUUUUGCUCUGUACGUAUGAUGGUCCAAAAUCCAAACUUGGUCCUCAAGUAAAUAUAGGCGUACUUGUUUGGCUGUUCAGGGUGAGGGGAUAGUGAUCAUGAGUGAUGACGAAUUAGAAAGGUUAGUGGGCUGUCUUAUCUCUCUGCCAGUGCCAACUGCUAAGCAUAAUAUAUCGAUCGAUAUUGAAAAUCACAAAAUCCCUCUCAAUGUUUGGCACGGAUACUCAUUUUAAGAGAUUAGAGAGUGGCAUUUCUGAAGAGUUUUUGUAAAGGUAACGACCAACAGUAACAAAGGUAGUCCUUCUGGUUCUGGGAUGAAACAAAUUUCUUUUCUAGUCAUAUAAAAGAACUCCUGACACGUAUAAAUUGAUGUCUGACUUCUCAACGUUUUAUCACCCACCUCCCCCCUUGUUUCCCGAGUCCCCUCACUCUUCACUUCUCCAAAAGUUGGCAGGCUUUUCAGAUGGCUUCUGCAGCUUUAUUUGCGUGUUUUCUUUCUUUCACUAGGAAGGAAAUUGAAAUAAAAGAUACCAAUUUCGCUUCACAAUCUUUAGGCCAUCAUCAUUUGUUAGUCACAUGCAAAGUCUAAUUAAAAGACAGAUAUCUCCCUUUCUCUCCCUCUUUCACAAGUUUUAUAAUUCCUUUGUUCCCCUACUCUGAAACCCAAAGUACCUCAGAAAUUAUGGAAGCAAAACCCCAACACUGCCUGAUGAGCCACCUCUUCUCCCCCAAUCAAACCGCCGCCGCCACUUCCAUCCUGGAUUUGUCUGUGAGAUCAAUUCUCUUUUCCUCUCUGUAAAUGCAUAUUUUUGUAAUUUGAUGCGAAAUGUGGUCUAAUGAUGUGUUAAUGUGGUUUUCUGCCUCUUUGUGGUAUAGUGCCUAGGUGUUUUAAUAAACCUGGUUUCCAUUAUUGUAUGGGGGUGAUCCCUCAUGCAUUUAUGUCUUGUGAGAUUCCAUUCUUUUAUUUAAAGCCCAUUUCUUUUGUUUCCCCUGCAAUUUUAUCAUCCGAAGAAAAGCUCCUGUCCUUGUUUUUACUUGAGUACAACUUUUACUUACAUUUCUUUUGGAGAAGAUUGUAUUUUUCCAAUUGGUUUGUAGUGCUAGCGGAAUAAAGAUUGUACCUUUGGUCCUUUUUAGACUUUCUGGAAACUAAUAUAACCCUCUUGUGCUAACUGCUAUGUACUUUUUUCUGGGUUGCAAUUGCUCAACUGAAGAAGGUGAAAAUGGAGAUGGAGGAAGAAGAAGAGGAGGAGGAGGAGAUGAUGAUGAAGAAGACAAACAGGAAGAUGGGAAGAUCGCCAUGCUGUGACAAAGAGGUUGUAAAGAAGGGGGCAUGGAGUCCCGAAGAGGACAAUAUUCUUGUUAAAUGCAUCCAGAAGAAUGGACAUGGUAAAUGGCGAUCUCUCCCUAAACUUGCAGGCCUCCCCAGAUCUCACAAGAGCUGUCGGCUUCGUUGGGUGAACUAUCUUUGCCCUAACAUUAAUCGUGGUCCUUUCAGCCCUGAGGAAAAAAGAUUAGUAGUGGAGCUGCAAAGGGUGCAUGGAAACAGGUGGGCUAAGAUAGCUUCUCAUUUACCUGGAAGAACAGACAACGACAUAAAAAACUUAUGGAACACACAUCUGAAGAAGCAUACUGAAGUUAAAAAGGAGCCCUGGCUUCUUUUCGGGUCUACUGAAGUUAAGCAGGAAUAUCCAUUUGGCCACCACACAGUGCUAUGGCCAUGGAUAAGCGCCCGGCUGGAGUCCGAGUUUAUGCUGCCCAUGGAUCCCGUACUUGUGAGUUCAUCAUCUAAACUUAAACCUGAAUAUGACUACUUUCUCCGUCUAUGGAACUCCGAAAUUGGAGAAAAGUUCCGUGAAGGAGUGGUUUCUCAAAGCCGUUUGUCCCAAGCAUCAUCAUCAAUCAAGGAUGAGUCAACUUCUGGAAUUUCUAUGCACAUCGAUCCUGGAAAGGUACUCAACUCUGCUGACUCCACUGGUAAACAGGAGCAUUUAAUCUGCAAGGACAUACAACUUGGUGGUUCAGACUACUUCAACUCAUACGAAUUGGAUGGUUCAGUUGACACAAAGACGCAGCUUCUGCUAGAUGUUCCUGAUGACAGUGGAAUGGACUUUCUGGAAGAAGCAUGUGAUGAUGUCUCUAUGUAUCUCCAAGAACCAAUUUGACUUUGCCACAGGAAUUACUGCUCUUGGGAAUCGGUUUGCUACCUUUAGCCAAUAGAUGCUUAGAAUUCUAAUUAAGGAUAUCUAGAGUUAACUUAAACAGGUCAAUGAGCAAGCAUUUUUUGGCCCUGUGAAUAUAUAUUAACUAGGUUUUGGUAUGGUAAAUGCACUGAUGAUGUUUUUGCUUAGCUCACGAACAUGCUUGCUCAGCAGGACGAAGUCUUCCCUUUGUCGAUAAUACUUGUAUAGUUUUCCUUAUCUUUUGAAUUUCGUUCCAAGAUUCUUGCUCAAAAUUCAGGAAUGAUUUACAUCAUGUAGUCAAGAGGAGAGGCUAAUUAGCAGGAGAUAAUUAUAUUUCAUAACGUCACUAACCACAUUUUACAACAUGUAAAUAACUUUUGGUAGGUGAGAUUUGAGAGGUGUUUGUUUCCAGAAUAAGGGAGGAGUUCUGAGCUCAUGCCUUAGUAAAUAGAGCAACUUCCCAACAACUAUUAUGAAAAUAUCAUCCAACCCAACCUUCCCAAAUUGUCGGCAAACAAUACAGUGAUGCAACUUUGAACCAAUCAAGACUGGAAAAAGCACCAUCAAAAAUCCCUUUAGGUAAAAUAUUUGGAUCAAAAGCAGCAACAACAAUUCAUGCUCUACUGUCAAGAACUUCACAAUUACCUUAUGUGCUGUAAAUUAAGAAUAAUAAAGAGCGAUAAUCCCUUUCAAACUUUGGUGUCAACAAAUGAACAAUUCUGAAGCCUUACUAAGUACUAACUGUAGCACUAUGCACACAGAAUUACAACAAUAGAAAAUGAUAAAUGAUUUGAUACAGGGCUGCUUUUUUUUUUUUUUUGGCACACAUAAAAGCAUCUAUCAACAAAUGAAACAACAAAAAGAAGAGAACUUUACAGAAUGCAAUCAAUUGAACCCCC